ACGUUCGCCAAAAUUUAACGUUAAGUUUUUGCAACGGCUAUUGGAGCGGACGCGCUUCUUUAUUAUUAUAUCUCAUUUACCAUUUCGCACAGAAUUUGCAGAAUACUAGCCGAAGCCAGCCAACAGCGCCAGUGUGUGCAAAGUGAUAUUUUUCAUCAGCAAUCGCGAUUCGCGAAUAAUCUGUGCAGUGUGUAAAAAGUCGACAUUGCAGACACUUGCUCUGUGAAUUAAAUUUAACUUAAAAAUUUGAUAACUACGAUUUUUGAUCGUUUAUUAGUUUCAUAAAACUUCGCAAAAUGUUUGCUAACUGCUCAAGGACGUUGAAAAAAAAUUCUAACUUACUCAACAUCUUGCAACGUCUGGAAUCAACCCUGGUUAUAGCUGAGCACAACAAUGAAACUCUCUUACCCAUAACUCAGAAUGCUCUAAGUGCUGCCAAAAAAAUUGGAGGUGACAUAACUGUUUUGGUAGCUGGAACUAAAUGUAAACCAGUCUCUGAACUUUUGAGCAAGGCAAAAGAUGUCAACAGGGUACUUGUGGCAGAGAGUGAUGCAUUCAAGGGUUUUCUUCCUGAAGCAGUUGCCCCUCUUAUAAUUGCAACUCAAAAACAACAUAAUUUUACUCAUAUUAUUGCUGGUGCUACUGCAUUUGGAAAAGCUCUUUUACCAAGAGUUGCAGCUAACUUGGAUGUUUCUCCUGUAAGUGAAAUCAUUGAUAUAAAAUCAGCUGAUACUUUUGUAAGAACAAUAUAUGCUGGUAAUGCCAUUCAAACUGUCAAGUCAAAAGACAGCAUCAAAAUUGUUUCUGUUCGAGGAACAUCUUUUGAAGCUGCUCCUUUGGAAGGAGGAAGUGCAAAAGUAGAAGAAGCUCCAGCUGGAGAUUACAACACAGAUAAAGCAGUUUUUGUUGGACAAGAGUUGACAAAGUCUGAUCGGCCAGAACUUACCGCUGCCAAAGUUGUUGUUUCUGGUGGAAGAGGAAUGAAAUCUGCAGAUAACUUUAAAAUCCUUUUCAAUCUAGCAGAUAAAUUGAAUGCAGCUGUUGGUGCUUCUCGAGCUGCUGUAGAUGCUGGUUAUUGUGCCAAUGAUAUGCAAGUUGGUCAAACAGGAAAAAUUGUAGCACCUGACCUAUACAUUGCUAUUGGUAUAUCUGGAGCUAUUCAACAUUUAGCAGGUAUGAAAGAUUCAAAAACCAUUGUUGCAAUCAACAAGGACCCAGAUGCACCCAUCUUCCAAGUAUCUGAUUACGGUCUAGUUCAGGAUCUAUUUAAGGCAGUCCCUGAACUGACUGAUAAAGUGUAAAUCUUUUGAAAAUUGGUAGAAUUAUCUUUUUAUGUAGUAAACACUAUUUGUGAAAUCUAUAAUCUUUUAUGAUAAGGUUUUUAUCAAUCAAUUUUUUAAUAAUUUUUUUUACUGGAAUUUAUCAAAGUGAAUUAAAAUGUUAGUAACUUUUUGCUUUUAAAAUAUUUAUUGAAGUAUCAUGUCAUUGAAAAAGUUUUAUUAAUUAGUUCAAAAUAUAUUAUGGAAUGUAUCUAUGUAUAAAUUAUAUAUUUUUAUACUGUUAUUUAAUGAAAUCUGAAUAAACGUGAUCUUGAUUGUUAUUA